CGGGGAUUUCGAGUAUUUUCAAGCUUGGGCGUUCACUGGAGGGUAAGAUGGCAGGAGAGGCACAAGAAAUCUCAACAAACAUGUUUCAAAGUUCUGUUUUUUCGUUUGUGCCUUCUUCGCUUGCAGAUCUCUCAGUUGCCGGCCACCGGUGGUCAUCCUCAUGUCCUGACUGAGUCGUGGUGAUUAAUUGAUGGCGUCUUCGGUGCCCGACGAGCUGUGGCGAGGGCGAGUGGUGAGGCGCCUGCCGCUGCCUGAUGUGAUCUCUCUCCGCAACUGCUGGUCCAUCGGCACGUCCAUCGUCACGGCCGCUCUGCUGGUGGAGCGCAUCGACGGCUCCCUCGCCCGCCACUCACUCACCUGCCUCGUCGACAUCGACCGCGCCGCCCCUCUCCCAUUCAGCUAUAUGCUGCGGGCGGCCUAUGUGCUGGAGCAGGGCAGCGACGAGUGGCCUGGGAUGGGGCGGUUCAUCCGGCUGGCCGCCAUCUAUCGGCUGACGCCUGCCAAUGGCUGCCCCUGGUGCUGUCGGCUCAGUGGCUGACAGCCCACCUUCCCAGCAGGACGGCAUUCCACCAGCUGCCAUUGGCGAUGGCCAUCUAUCGGCUGUUCGGCCACCUGCUCACAAACAAUGGGCUGCCUCUCCGUCUGUCGGCUGACUCGCUGCCCACAGCAACGGCCUUCCACCGGAUACCACUCGCCAUGGCCAUCUAUCGGCUGUUCCGCCACCUGCUGACAUACGGAUUCAACAGCCUGGCGCUGCAGCCAGCGGACAACGGACGGUAUCGGAUCGGCUAUUUGCCCGUUCGUGUGGUGCCAUUGGGUGAGCUGCCGAGCGGCCAUCGCUAUGCUGAGGGCUACAAGCGGACCGACCCCGUCAUCCGGUGCGGCUCCCUGCUCUUCCGCUCAUUCUCGGCAUUCCUGCUGCACACGAUGAUCUGCUGGUGCCGUCAAGAAAAGGGGUGGGCGAGAUGAGGGUGCUGGGGGCACGCAUCGGUAGUGAGGACCCUCGGUAUGGCCGUCUGCCGAGGGCCGACAACAUCACAGAGAAUCUGGGCAUUACUGCCGACUGCUAGGGCUAUCGCUACGAUUGGGGCGACCUGAAUGGUGCUCAUGGGAGAGACUGUCGUCAUGUAAUUGUGAGCGGAUUCCGGCUCGGGGAGACCCUCGCUGCGCACCUGCAUGUGAAGGGUGGUUACAUCAACCUGUACACGACCGAGGCAUUCGUGGCUGAUCGGUCUCAGCCUCUCGCCGACCGCUACACUGUGUCGGUUGGUGCCGCCCGCCGUGUGCUACGGCUAUUCGGUCUCGAAAGCGACGUCAUCGACAGGGGGACGGUGUACGGGUGAGGGUUGCAGCACAUGUGCUGGCCGGACCGAGGCACCCAGAGAGGCCUCUGAUAGCGCCAUACGGCCUCUUUUCUUGAGAGUUCUUAUUCGACGCGAGUGGGGGCUGUUUCCGAUGAAAUGUGAAAUGGCGGCUGGAGGCUGGAGAGCCCCCUGAAGCAGUCCAUCG